GGAUCAAUCAUGACUAUUAUGGCGGAAGCCCAGAUCGAGCUGACGGAAGGCUGCAGAAUACCAGUAUUGCUUAGCAAUGGCGAUGGUUGGCAUAUGGCUGAAGUUCUCAGCAAGAAAGAAAUCAAUGGCAAACCAUUGUAUUACAUUCAUUUUGAUGACUACAAUAAAAGAUUGGAUGAAUGGGUGCCAGAGGAACGAAUGGAUCUUACACGAAUGGAACAACCAAAGAAGGAUGUUAAAACACCCAAAAAGGAAUCCUUCACCAGCAAGCUUGCCAAUGGAUCACGCCCUGCAAGUCCUGUAGAGAAUGGCUCAAGCACAAGUGGAAUGUUGGGGUUGGGAGGGGGAGGUUUCUCACCUGCCCCCUCACCGUUACCCCCUGGUGCUGGUGGAGGCAUGGGAGGUGGUAUGAACAAAAAGAACUCACUGAACAACAGAAAGCGCAAGCUUGAAGAUGAUUCUCAUCGGUUUCCUCCACCUUGCAAGGCAUCUGUAGAGCCUAACCCAAGCUUUUCCAUUGAACUGAAGACAGAUUCUCAAGAUGGAGGGCUAAUGCCUCGACAAACAGGCAGCAUGGUGGCGCAUCACGAUGAUGUUGUGACGAGGAUGAAGAACAUUGAACUGAUUGAGAUUGGCAAAUGGCGAAUACGACCUUGGUAUUUUUCACCUUAUCCACAGGUCCUUACAAGUAACGCUAUACUAUACCUUUGUGAAUAUUGUCUCAAAUAUGUCAAGAGCAGCAAAUGCCUGGAGCGUCACUUGGCCAAAUGUUUACAUCGUCACCCACCAGGUAAUGAGAUCUAUAGAAAAACAAACAUUUCUUUCUUUGAGAUUGACGGCAGAAAGAACAAGGUAUAUGCUCAGAACCUAUGUCUUCUGGCAAAAUUGUUUCUAGACCACAAGACUUUGUACUAUGACACAGAUCCCUUCCUGUUUUAUGUGAUGUGUGAACAGGAUGUUCGGGGUUACCAUAUGGUGGGCUUCUUUUCGAAAGAGAAAGAAUCAACUGAAGACUACAAUGUGGCUUGUAUUCUAACACUACCACCAUAUCAGAGAAAAGGCUAUGGAAAACUGCUCAUCGAGUUCAGUUAUGAGCUGUCCAAAGUGGAGUGCAAAACUGGGUCUCCAGAGAAGCCUCUCUCUGACCUGGGCCUGCUGAGCUAUCGCAGCUACUGGUCACAAACUAUUCUUGAAAUCCUGCUGAACAUGAAGCCAAAUGAACAAGGGGAACGUCCUGCAAUUACGAUCAACGAGUUAUCAGAGAGAACCUCAAUCAAAAAGGAAGAUGUGGUCUCGACGCUACAACACCUCAACCUCAUCAACUACUACAAAGGCCAGUACAUCAUCACUCUGUCUGCUGAGCAGAUUGAAGCCCAUAACCGUGCCAUGAGCAAACGUGGCGUCCGAAUCGAUCCCAAGUGUUUGCACUGGCAGAGUAAAGACUGGAGUCGUAGAGGCAAAUGGUGAUGACGUGUUUGCUGUAGCAGCGUCUGUGGUGACAGACGGGACAGUUGAUUUGACUCAAGACGGGUUUAAAACAGCAGCAUGAAGCAAGACUGUUUUAAUGCGCUUAGGGAUCACAAUGGGAAGUGGGAACAGAAUAUUGUGACUGGUGAAUCAGUGUUUUGAUGUUCUGCCACUUUCACUCCAAUAGGAGUUUCAAUCAUGAUUGUUGUCCUUUAAAAAUUGCAGUUGAAACGUUAUGUUGGUGCUUGAAAUUUUGAGGGAUGAAUCUAAUUAUAGACUGCAGUUCGUCUACAUUUUUCAGCUUGCUUCAUCUAUCACUUUGUUCAAGCACAUGUGUAAGGAUGACUAGAUAUAUUUUCUGUUAGCAGAAUGAUGAGAAAACAGGAGGCAGCUUAUGAUUAGCUUUCUGGUGAUGACGGUUCUCUGCACAUGUGGAAAACAGUAGUUUGGAUUUAAAGAAUGCACACAGGAAUUUUGAUACCAGGUAGGGAUCACCUUUAAAUUGUGUCAUGAUGAUGACUAAUUCUUCUUCAUUUCACUGUGAUCCAUGGAACAAGACAGUAUAACUGUAUAAGUAAACAGAGUUAACUUGUGUGUCACAAAUGUAUUGCAUGGUUCCAAGCUGGAAAUGGUCAUCAUAAAAGAUCAAGAAUGACAGUACAUCAUGCCACGGAAUAUAAAAUCUUUCAUAAUACUUUGUUAAGAACAGAAAAGUGUUGUGGGCUGAAGGAUGUUCCUGUUGUUUCCAUGUGCUAGGCAACUGUUGUGAACAUUGUCUGCAACACUUUUAAGCAGUACAUUUGGGAGGGAAUAGGUGUUUUACACCAAACCAGCAGCUAAGACUAUCGCAAACCAGCUGGCCCUGUGAUUGUCAUCUGCAGAGAAAGAACAGUGUGGCUGGGAAGAGAUCUAAACCCAGGACAGUCAAUCCUAAUUGUAUUUGUGCCAGGUGUUAGCCAUUGUUUUAAGCAGGACCUAUCUUAUGUCAGUGAUCUAUACUCAUGAAGGGAGAGUGUGAGAGAGAGAGAGUGGGUGUGUAUGCAUGUCCUCAUGUGCACCUGCAAUAAAAACCACUGAAUCUUGUGUUGUUGCAUUGAAGUCAUCUCUCUGCACAUGUCAUCUUGACAAAAUGUAUAGUGAAUCCGGAGUAUGCAGCAGAAAGCUGCAUUUACUUGUGAAUGAAAGUCUAUUCUUGCAUUGGCAUGUGAGUAUGACAGGCAGAGAGGUCUGGUAUUGCUGGGAGCGAGGUGUUAUAAUGUCACUGUCGCUUAGGUUCCUACAAUAGAAACAUGCUCAAACUAUGAGUGCCAUGUGAGUGCAACAUAGUCUUUGUAGAGGGAGACAAAUCAGUUCAUUGUGCAAGUUGUGGUUCCUAUGGAAUUUAGAUGUGAUGUGUGAAGUGAAUAAAAACAUGGCCAAUGGACA